UUUCAGUGUCUUUCAACUUCCUUAGUUAUCUGUCCACACAGAAAACCGCGCAGACGACACGGUACGAAGGUCGGGUCGUCGACAUCUCAAACACCUGGGCAUACCUGAAUGGUCGGCGCGUGUGCAAAAUUUUUAGGAUGGCAAACAUGUCGGAGAUCGUAGUCGGCACCAUCGAUAAGUACCGUGAUAAACUAAACUCGGUGAGCCAAGAAAUAUGGAAAAACCCCGAGUUAUAUUACCGUGAAGUGAAAGCCCAUGAUUAUCUCUCGCAAGCACUCGAAGACGAAGGCUUCCAGGUUCAACGAAACUAUCACUUGGACACUGCCUUUAGAGCUGAGUAUUCAGUUGGGUCAGGUGGUCCCGUGAUUUGCAUCAUAUGCGAAUACGAUGCGCUGCCUGUAGUUGGACAUGCCUGCGGGCACAACUUAAUAGCUGAAGCAGGGUUUGCCGCUGGAGUGGCCAUGAUGGUUCAUCCCAGCAGAAGUAAUGAACUGGCACCAUUAUUUAUUGGUGUUGGCCAUAUCAGUGUAACAUACCAUGGAAAACCAGCACACUCAUCGGGUGCUCCUUGGGAUGGGAUUAAUGCACUGGAUGCAGCAGUCAUGUGUUACAAUGGUCUGUCAUAUCUUAGACAGCACAUCAAGCCAAACUGCUUUGUAGGAGCCAUAUUUACUGAUGGAGGUGCAGCAGUUAACAUUAUUCCUGAACGCUCUGCCAUGGACAUCUUGUACCGUGCUCCAACUGUGGGCAUGAUGACUGAAUUGCGCAAAAAGGUCAUGUCCUGUGUAUCUGCUGGUGCUGAAGCCACGGGCUGUACCGUGGAGGAGACGCGGUCCUUUAGCUUCAAGCCAGUUGUUACCAACUCUGUGCUUGCACGUCUUUACAAGAAGCAUGCUGAAUCGUUCGGUGUUAAGUUUGAUGAUGGAAACCAUGAGGCCAACCUUUUUGUGGCUUCAUCUGACAUGGGUGAUGUGUGCCACACAGUUCCAAGCAUUCACCCUAUCUUUCGCAUUGACACAGCUGGACCAAACCACACAAAAGAGUUCACAGAUGCUGCAGGCCAUCCAUCUGCCCAGCCACCAACACUAACUGCUGCUAAAGCAAUGGCUUUAGCAUGUGUUGACAUUUUGCUCAGCCCAGAUGUGCUCAUACCUGAAGCUAAGGCAACAUUUGCUGUUGAUAUGAAACGAUCAUAUUGCAGCUGAUAAUUAUCUGCGAAGUCUACCGUACACCAUAUAGUUGACAUAGUCUGCAGUGAAAAAUUCACUUAUAUACAUUACAUAUCUAUUUACAAAAGUGCUCUCUAGUGUGAGCAAUGUUCUUUUAAGGUGAAUUGUGUACUGUAUUGGUUGAAUAAAGUUAUGGGUUGUUUGUUAUCAAA